AAGUCUUGCAUUAUCACAAGUCGCCUCUUAUCCUAUCAAGAUAAUAUCGCAAUCUCAUGGCGUUGGGGUUCGCCUCGCGUCUCAUGGGCCCUUCAACCCUACAACCCUAACGCGCCGACUCUUGCUCUUGCUCUUAUUUAUUUAUCCUCCAGCUGGUCCCACGGAGUUUCGGCUUGUUCGUUUCUUUGCCAUCCUCUUUCUUUACUCUGUUCCAUUUUGAUUUUUACUUUUCUUUUUUGGAAUUCCCCUUCUACCCCCCCCCCCUCCAUCUUCGGUGUCUUGCCUUUACCUUAGUCCCACAAUGGCUCAGCCUGCCAGUCUUGUGCUGGACCGUGGUGACCCGCGUCUUCAUGAGAAGGAGCGUGAUGUGCUGGAUGCCGUAGACUAUGGAGUCACCCCGACUGAUGGCCAGGCGAUCAAGCCCCAUCAUCGCAAGCCGCAUGACUCGACUGUCACUUUCGAGGAGUACUACUACUACGCACAGUUGACUCGUGCCGAGGAAGACCAGCACGCGGACGAGCAUGAAGGCGAGAAAGGCAUACUGUCCAUCAUUUUUCCCAGCAAGGGCGAUGGAGGCGUUAAGCAGGUUUCGAACAACGUCACCCGUGAUGCCACGACCAUCAACACCAGUGAUCCUGCCACGCGAUUUACGAUUACGGAUGAGGAGUGGACCAAUGCAUCGCGUGCCUUCCGUACAGCGACCCGUAGCGCCGCUUUCUAUCUGAUCACCACCGAUAUUCUUGGUCCUUUCGGUCUCCCCUAUGCAUUUGCAAGUAUGGGAUGGGGUCCUGGCGUGGCUUUGUUCACUGUGUUCGCCGGUCUGGCCGGUUACUCGGGCUAUCUUCUCUGGGACUCUUUCCUCGGUCUUGAUUCAUAUCAAUUCCCUCUGCGCAGCUUCGGUGACAUGGGCUUCCGUCUCUAUGGACGAUGGGUGCGCUAUAUGUUCAACAUCCUGCAGAGCCUCCAGCUGUUGCUCAACGUCGGCCUGAUUGUCAUCUCUAACGGCGAGGCGCUUUCGCAAGCGGCUCAAUUCAAGCUUUGCUUCAUCAUCUGCUGUCUCAUUUGGGCCCUGGUCGGUUUUGUCACGGGCCAGAUUCGUUCCCUCCAGAAGUUCGGAUGGCUGGCGAAUGCGGCCGUGUGGCUGAACCUCAUUUGCAUGUUUAUCAGUAUGGGUGGAGCGGCCCAUUCGCCUCCCAACUAUGCCGCUGCUUCCCAGUCUGCGGGCGCCAGUUUGGACGGUGGUCUGUUGGUCACCCCCGUCAAUGGCGUCUACCCCGCGGUGACCACGAGCGGUGGCCUCCCGAAUUCUGGUGGCUUCACCGGCUCUGUUAGUGGUGCCAUGCAGGCUGUCUUCUCCUACGGUGGUGCUAUGGUGUUCCCCGAGUUCAUGGCCGAGAUGAAGCGACCUAAGGAUUUCUUGUCCGCUAUGUGGGGAGCCCAGUUCUUUAUUUACAUUUGCUACAUGUUCUACGGACUUUUCAUGUACGGAUACCAGGGACAGUAUGUUGUGAAUCCUAGCUAUCUGGGAAUCAGCAAGUACAGCAUCCAGACCGCGGGUAACGUCUUUGCCAUGAUCAGCGCCGUCAUUGCCGCUGCCCUGUACGGUAACAUUGGUAUUAAAGUGAUCUACAAUAACAUCUUUGUCGAAAUGCUCCACGCACCCCCCUUGAACACCAGAGCGGGCAAGGUCGUGUGGGCCGGUAUGAUCCCGGUCUACUGGGGGAUCGCCUUUGUAAUUGCAGCAGGUAUCCCGAACUUCUCGGGCCUGACUUCUGUGGUCGCCGCGUUCUGUAUCCUCCAGUUUACCUACACUUUCCCCCCCAUGCUGGCUACUGCCUACUGGAUCAAGCGCGCUGCCCUUCAGACUGGUGAAGGCUUCGACCCCAACACCGGCGAGACCGUUCGACAUGAUUCUGGAAUUAAGCGUCUUUUCCGUGGCUUCGCGGCGAUGGACAGGAAAAGGCUGACUAUGAGCAUGUUCAACAUCCUCUACUUCUUUGGUGCGCUGGUGCUUGCAGCUUUGGGCGCUUAUUCUGCUAUUGAGGUGUUGAUUUCAGCCUUCCAAUCUAGCACCGCAACAUCAUUUGUGUGCCAGAGUCCUUUGGAUGGUUAAGAAUCCCAUGGCUGGGCCCUUUCAUAAAUUACGCCCUAUGUUGGUAGUAUUUUGUACAUAUAAUGUCCUCGGCAGAGUAUGCAUUGUUUCCUUUUUUUUUUUUUUUU